UCGAGAGAGAGGCAGAGAUGAUGGCGUCUCUCACGGGUUGAUUUCUGUGCAGCGCUGGCAAAAACGUUUAAUAACAUCAAUAGGAAGGGAAAAGAGAGGAGAAAGACGAGAACAUGACGAAACGACUCCGCGACAGACAGAGAGAGACCGACGGACAGACGCCUUUAUAUUGACGGGUUGACUGACAUACCCGUCUCUCUCUCUCUCUUUCGCUCUCUCUCGCUCUCGUUCGUACACACGCGCGCGCGCGCAUACGCACGCACAUAUACUCACAUGCUCACACACGUACACAUACACAGACUAAUUGAGACGAGGAAAAACACUGGAUGUACAGAAUUUCAUGUCAAGCUUUCAUAGUUAUCUCUGUGUCCCCGACGGAGAGGAGUUCGACUUGACAGGAUGGGGGGAGUGAGUGAAGGAGAUGAUGUUCUGGCCCGAUGGAGUGAUGGACUAUUAUACCUAGGCAAUGUCAAAAGAGUAGAUGGAGUUAAACAAUGUUGUUUGGUGAGAUUUGAGGACAAUUCUGAGUUUUGGGUCCUGAGAAAAGAUAUCCACUCAUUUUCUGCUGGAAUAGAGGAAGUUUGCUGUGUCUGUGAUGCCCCGCCUCUUAAAGAACCUCUCAUCAACUGUCUGAAGUGUCGCCAUGGUUAUCAUCCCCAAUGCCACAUUCCAUCGAUAGAGCCUGAAGCCGACAGCAAUACUUGGAUAUGCCGACAAUGUGUCUUUGCAGUUGCAACAAAGAGAGGGGGAGCCUUAAAACGGGGCCGUUUUGCCCGCCUCAUGCAGCUAAUGAAACUGGGACUGCCCUAUCAGCUUUCAUCGCUGGAUUGGGAUCCCCAACACCUAACAAAUCAGCAACAGUGUUACUGCUACUGUGCUGGCCCUGGAGAGUGGAACCUGAAGAUGUUGCAAUGCAGUAGUUGUGGUCAGUGGUUUCACGAAGCUUGCACACAGUGUCUAGCCAAACCACUGCUGUAUGGAGACAGGUUCUAUCAAUUCCAGUGUUCAGUUUGUACCAAUGGGCCAGAGACAAUUCAAAGACUUCCUAUGAGCUGGGUAGAUUUGGCCCAUUUGGUGCUAUAUCAUCUUUCUCUUUGCUGCAAGAGGAAAUAUUUUGAUUUUGACCAUGAAAUACUGUCCUUCACCAAUGAGAACUGGGAUUAUUUGCUACUGGGCACGCUGUCAGACACACCAAGGCAAGAUCGCUGUCAGAAUCUACUCAAUGCUUUAAAUUCUCAUAAAGACAGGUUCGUCUCUGGCAAAGAGAUCAAGAAGAAGAAGUGCCUUUUUGGGCUUCAAGUUCGUGCUCCUCCUCCUCUGACCUCUGACAUGUCACCCCUCAUCACAGACCAUCCCAUCAACAUCACACACAGGAGAAGCCCCCUGUCUUUGACGUGUCAUAGACGAGCAGCAGAGUCUGAGUCGCGGAAAUCAAAACGUCGUAUCAUGGAGACGCAGCCCCAUCCGCAAGGUGUUGAUGCCAAUUCUGUUGAUUUGGUGCCAUGUUGUCAUGGUUAUGUCGGUGGAGCCAGCGUCUACAACUCCAGAAAAUCUGAGGAUGAAUUGAACUCUGGGUCUCCCCCUAAGAGGAUGUUUGCCCUCUACCACCCGUCUUACAGUGGAGCACAAACCCUGUCCAGAGCUCUACAUCAUUACAGUGCCGAGGAUCUCUGCAGCCUUCCGCCACCCUGCCCUCCUUUCUCAAAGUCUCCCAUUCACCAGGCAGAGCAGAAACCUGACCUGUGCCCUGCACUUUUCCUGCGUGACGUCACUUCCUGUCCUAGUGGGGUUGGGGGGGAAGGGUCAGUCCAGGACAGAGGGUGGGGAGCCGGGGAGGCCGUGAGGAUCCUGGCGAGACGAGUCACGCCAGACGGGAAGGUUCAGUUCCUAGUGGAGUGGGGAAAUGUGAGUGUGUACUGAGGACUGGGAGACAUGCAGAGAAUGCAGAUUACGAGGCAAACCAUUGAGGUUGUGAGGCCAAAGAGGAAAAUGGGGAAGAGAGAGGAAGACAGAUCUAACCCAGGCCGCAGCAACACACCUACUAACAGUGUGGCUGGAACAGAGGAAACACCUGGUGUUGCAUGGUUGAAAAGCUCAAGAGCUACACCAAGCCAAGAGGAAGUGCUUUAUUUAGAAAACCUGGAUUAUUCUCAAAUAUGGGCCUUCUCAAUGACGUUAAUUAAAAUUUGUGUGUCCAAUAGAAAUCUGAAGGUUUUAAGUGAUGAUAGCUCACAUUAUGUCCCCUUCACUAUUAACACUUUCAGUUUUGAGUAAAACAUAUCCAUCCAACAUAUCCACAUUAGCAUUUGCAUUUAUGUUUCACUUUGACACAUUUGAACAGUACCAGAGUAUCAGUACUCAUUGUAUUUGUGGUUUCCUUGCCGUUUGACCUUUAUUUACAGUAGUGCUAUGAUGCUGGUGUUUAAGCUUACAACCACAUCAUUCUUUCAGCAAUGUUCUGACCUUUCUCAAAACUUUAAGUUACACAUUGCAAUUAUUCAAUCUAAUGUAUUAUUUAAUUAUUUCUCAUUGAAGAAUUCCAAUGGGAGAUAAAUGGUCUUGCAAUGGCAGUAUACAACCGCAAUCCAAUGAAAGAGAAUAAUAAGGUGCCGUAACAUUUAAAUCAUAUCUUGAGAUUGUAUAUGUGGGCUUCACAUUUCUAAACAAACAUGAAGAAAAUAAGAUUGAGAAUUAACAAUUUGUAUGAGUUUGUCCAAUGGGACACCUCUAUGACUGCGUUUUAAGGAUAAAGGUGGUAAGUGUGGAAGAAAGAACUGCAAUGCUGCAGAAAUACCGAAACCCAGUUUCAGACGUUCCAUCAAAGAUCAAGCUCAUUGAUAGUCAGCGUAAUCCUUUUAUCUUAUAUAGGGGUGAAUAAUUUAGAGAAAAAAAAAAACUACUUUCAGAAGGCUUUUGUGCUGUUUUGUUCAUUGUGUUCUUACAUAAUAUUAGCAAAGAUUCAUGAGGAACCACUGAAACAGCUAUGCAUUCAUAUGUGCAAUUUAAACUAUGAUCAGUGACCGGAAUAUUAAGUUCUGAAAAUGGACAAUGGACAACCCUAAAGGAUUGAGGGCGAUUAUUGUAUGAGAGGUGAAAGAGUGACUGUGUUUUUCAAAUUCUUCUCAAGUUUAUUUGUUAGAAUAUAUUUGUAUAUCAAAAAAUCUCAACAAUAAUAUUUGCAUUUUAGGAUAUAAACAAAUUGAGAAAUUUGUGCUUCUGCGUGGACUGUAGGAUUGCAUCAUCUUUAGGACCCAGCAGAUGGAGUUUACAGUUAAUUGAAGUGUUUUAAGUCUUUCUCUGAGUGCCGAUGCAUGAAUGCAGGUAAUAGGCAAGGUCCAGCCACAUUUAUGGUAGAAUUACACUUUCAAAGAAAUUGGCUGUAAUUGGCUACAUAGGAGCGACUUCUGCUAGUGGAUGGUGGUGUAUUUGUGCUGUCUUUUCUUGGGGUUUUUGUUCCUCUGUCAGAUGGUUGUUAGAUCAUGGAUGGAACUCUAAAAAUCUCCCAAAAGCCAGUGAUCCGUUUCAAGCACAGGAGCUGUAGUGAGAACCUGUAGCAGUCAGUCUGUUGUCAAGUCCCAAGUUCAGUUUGAUGUAUUGUUUUUGAGUUUUGUAAAAAUUCUGUUUAUACUUGUACCCAGGGUUGCUGCACCAAAAUAAAAAAAUAAAAACAAUUAAUGAAUAAAUAACUUAUCCAUCACAA